UCAGAAGAACACACAUCAACUAAACCUACUAGAACCUCUUCCCCACUAAAACAAUGCACAUUCUCGUCACCGGAGCCGCUGGAUUCAUUGGCAGUCACACAGUGCUCGAGCUGCUCAAUUCUGGAUACACAGUACUUUGCAUUGACAAUUUCGCCAACGCAAUUUCCGAUGAGCACGGAAAUGCGAUUUCAUUGAAAAGAGUUGCUCAGUUGACUGGAAAAGAUGUUCCAUUCCAGAAUGUUGAUGUAUGUGAUGAAGCAGCAUUGGAAAAAGUGUUCUCUGAGAAUAAAUUUGAUGGAAUUAUUCAUUUAGCAGCGUUGAAGGCUGUCGGAGAAUCAGUGGCCAAGCCACUUCAAUAUUAUUCCAAUAAUUUGGUUGCCAGCUUGAAUUUGAUUCAGAUGUGCCUAAAAUACAACGUGAAAAACUUUGUCUUUUCCUCGUCAGCCACCGUCUACGGACCCCCAUCCGAACUCCCAAUCACCGAAAAAUCCCAAACCGGCCAGGGAAUUACUAAUCCAUAUGGUCAAACUAAAUACAUGAUGGAACAAAUUUUAAUUGACGUCGGAAAAGCGAAUCCCGAAUGGAAUGUGGUUCUUCUUCGUUACUUUAAUCCAGUUGGAGCACACAAAUCAGGGCUCAUUGGAGAAGAUCCAAAGGGUGUACCGAAUAAUUUAAUGCCAUACGUCAGUCAGGUGGCUAUUGGAAAACUGCCAGUACUCACUAUUUAUGGAGAUCAAUUUGAUACUGUUGAUGGAACUGGUGUUCGGGAUUAUAUUCAUGUUGUUGAUCUUGCUAAAGGACAUGUUAAGGCUUUUGAUAGAAUUAAGACCGUCGGAAACAUUGGAACCGAGAUUUACAAUCUUGGAACCGGUGUCGGUUACUCGGUUCGUCAGAUGGUUGAUGCGUUGAAAAAGGUCAGCGGACGUGAUAUUCCGGUUAAGAUCGGAGUCCCCCGUCCCGGAGACGUUGCAUCAGUCUACUGCGACCCCUCACUUGCUCAGGAGAAGCUCGGAUGGCGUGCCGAGACUGGUCUCGAAGAGAUGUGUGCAGAUCUAUGGAAUUGGCAGACAAAGAAUCCACAAGGAUUCUCCGCAUAAUUUAUUUAUUUAUUUUUAAAAUUUUGAUUUUCUAAAAAUAUUAAAAAAUUAAAAUUAUAUAUUUUCCCACCCAUAAUACCUACAUUCCUUUUCCCUCAAUGUUUCUCUGUAAAAUAGUAAUAUAUUAAUAUUCGUUUCUAUGUACUUUUUUUUUACUUUUUCCAGUCCCAUGUGCCUUUGAUUACUGUACUUUUAUAUAAGGGAUACACGGUUUUAAUGUUUAAAAAUUUAGAAAAUUUUGUAAAAAUCUGCUCUAAAAUCUAGAAAAAAAGUUGCUUCCUUUUAAA